AUUUUGUUCCAGUACUCUAAAUUUGGAAAUGAGCAUGAGGGAGGAAAAACAGCCCUGCGAGUGGAGCAGAAUUGCAUAACCAGUCUCUUCUACAUGUUUUUAAAAAAACACACGAAGUGUCUGGGGUUCUUUAACUGGACUGGAGUUGACUUAGCUCUUGCUUACGCUCCAGACAGCCCUCCUGCAGGCGCCGGGGAGAACCUGCAAGUGAACCUGUUUCUGCCUCCGUGCCUCCAGCUCAGUCCUGCACCUCUGAAAUGGCCAGAUAACAGCUUUGGCCCAUUUGCAGCCUCCCGUUUCACUCUUCUUUUGUGUCCUCUGCUCCUCUGACAUUCCCCAUCCCUGUCCCACCUGAGAAAAUACCUCCCCUUUAGUGAAUAUUUUCAGUUCCCUUUCCUGGGAUUGAAAACCUCAACUUCCUGACUCUGGAGAAAGGGAACAAGCGAAGUUUACUGUGUAACUGCUCUCAUCUUCAAAUUAAUCUGUUUGAUAACAAGCAGAUGGUCAGGCAGGGCAUAAAAGGGAACAGGAUCCAGGAAACGAGCAACACAGUAGAAGAAGCUAAAGUCUAGGGAAGCAUGGUGGGUUCCCUCAUUGUCCAGAGAGACUGAGGCUGACAAGGUAGCUUCACUUCCCUUACCUUCUUUUCCAAUAAAUGUGUAUAAUUUUGAAAGAUCACCUGCAUGAGUAAAAUAAAUUCUACUAUUUAACAAAGCGAUCGUAUCUCAGCAAGAAAAGCUAGUGAGGUGUGUGCACCUGAGCUGGCUGCAGGUUAAAAUUGGGCUGCCUCGCUGGGGUUGUUUGAACGGUGUGGAAGGUGUAUUACAGUGCUGUGGAUCACACGGCAAGGAUACAGACAGCAUUACCCUGCCCAGAUGCCACAACAGCACCUCCAGUACAAGAAGUUAUUCUGCGCCCUUAGCAGGUCUCAGGUGCCCUGGCAGCACUAUACGCGAGUGCCUCUCCUGUGCAGUAUUUCCUGAGAGCACGGUGUGACUGUUAGUGAGUGAGGCACCUGAAAUUCCUCAAAACGAUGAUUAAGGUCACCGUGCUGCCUGCUAGAGAGGUGAUAGCUAGUCCUCUCUGCCUGUCUCAGCACUGUGUCAAGCUGUAAGCUGCAGACUGACCUUAUCAGACUCUGGGAAUGAGGCCCAUUAGGCCUUAAUCUUGGGACUUCCGAAAGAUAAGGAAGAUCAGGCUUUUCCCUGUUCGGAGGAUUUUUGGGAAUAGGAUCUUUUUGGCUGGGAAUGGGAUCGCUCCCUGUUCUCAUCCCUGGGAGCUCUUUGUUGACCAGGCAUGGCACAAAGAUGGGGGCAGGUACAGAUGUGAGAUCUGAUACAUACCUUGGGCUUUUGCAUGCUUAGCGCUGCUGGGGCCUCAGUCUGUUGUGAACCAUGCUGCUGUAGUCACAUGUUUUAUUACCAGCAAUUAGGGCAAUAGCAAAUAGUUAGCAAAUAAUCACAGGAACUUUCUCAUAUUGUAAGUUGUUCCUCACUUUUCUCCCCAUUAUAGACAGCUGAAAGGAUUUUUAAACCUCCUCCUUUCUGUCUACAUUUUGGUGUUUUUUUUUUUUUUAACCAGAGAAAGCAAACCAGCUGCUGAGAGCUAAAACUAGAUGCACACAGGAAGGCAGCCCAGCCAUUUGCUUUUAUUUCCUGCAGCUGUGCUCUGUCCUUAUCAGACUGGCUGAUGAAGGAGCUAAUGAUGGUUGAGGAUGGCGUAUCUUUGCCUCCCGUGGGUUCUGGAAGUGAUUGCAAGUCCUUAGCUCCUGCACAGUUCCUGCUCUUUUGGGAAGUCCUCUGUCUUCAGAAUGCAGAGGCAAAGGGUCUAGGGAGAUGAGGCAGAGAAAAGAAGUCAAAUCUUUCUUUUCUAUGGGCCAGCUUGCUGAUUUAUUGUGGGAGGCAACUGUGGCAAAUUCUGUGAUCUGGUUCUUACUUGAUCCUCAUCUUUCUUGGAUUCAUGUCAUUGUAAUUAAGACUGAGCACAGUAUAUUUAAUUCUCACUUAUCUUUUGUCCGUUAGCUGUAGCUGCCUUCAGAGCUUUAGUAGAGCUAGUCUGUAGCUGGAUGCUCUUUGAGUGUAGGAAUCAGUGUUAAUGUGAGUGUUUGUAUGAUAAAUGCAGGAUAGACUUUUGAUCAGUUCUGAUUUCAACUUCAGAUCAUGACUCCCCUUUGAAAGCAAUAACUUCAACAUGAGUUAUAGGACAGGACAGGGUGUAGCUUAUUUGCCUGUUGCUCUCUGCUUAGAGUCAUCCUGUGUUUGUACAGUAAUGCUCUGAUCACUAUCACCCUGCAAUUAUUCCUUGUUGCUGCUUCCCUACUGUGCAUGUCAGCAAAACAAGACCAGAGACAAUUGGUGAUUGCCCCAUUUCUGUCUGGAAAAAGUGGCUGGACAAGCCAGUGCAAUUCGUACGCUGAAGGGAAGGCAGUGCUAAUAACAGGCUGCGACAAAGGUUUUGGACAUGCCUUGGCAAAACGGCUUCAUGCAAAGGGAUUUACUGUUUUUGCUGGAUGCUUGCUCAUGGACGAGAAUGGAGACGGAGCCAGGGAGCUGAAGAACAUGAAGUCAGAUCGCAUGAAGGUGCUACAGAUGGAUGUGUGCAGUGACCAGGAGGUGGCUCAGGCUGUGGAUUUUGUGAAGAGGACCCUGAAGGAGCCAGAGGAAGGUCUGUGGGGCCUGGUGAACAAUGCUGGCAUCUCGACCUUUGGAGAGGUGGAAUUUUCAAGUUUAAACGACUACAAGAAGGUGGCAGAGAUCAACCUGUGGGGCACCGUGAGGGUGACGAAGGCUUUUCUGCCCCUCAUUCGCAGAGCUAAAGGCCGUGUGGUGAAUAUCACAAGCAUGUUGGGACGGAUGGCGAGUCCAUCUCGCUCCUGCUAUUGCAUUUCCAAGUUUGGGGUGGCAGCCUUCUCCGACUGCCUACGGCAGGAGAUGUACCGCUGGGGUGUCAGAGUCAUCCUCGUUGAGCCCAGUAACUUCGUGGCAGCAACAGGCAUCCUGACGGCAGACAGCAUCGACAAACAGGCUGACGCACUGUGGAGAGGAGCCAGCGACACUGUGCAGGAGGACUAUGGUAGGGAGUAUUUCACUCGCCACGUGGCCCUGAUGAAGUCCUUCAUUAACAGUGGCCUGAAGGACAUGUCUCUGGUCUUGAAUGACAUCACCGAUGCGCUCACUUCCCCAAGCCCAAACAACCGUUACAAUCCCAUGGAGACCUACUGGUGGGUGAGGCUGCAAGUCGUGACUCACCUGCCCACUGCCAUUGCCGACUGGCUUUACAUCCCUGGAGCCGCCCUGUAAAUGGCUGUCCUUCAGGCAUCCGUCCAGUGCUCGUAUAUAUGCACAGGUUAGAGCUGACUUAGUCAGGGCUGUCUGCACCCGUUGCUGAUGCAUCUCCCCUGUAGAUGCAUGUGCUUUCACUUUGGGUUAUGGCUUCAAGUCUUGUAUUGUGGGAUGCUGAGAACAGCAUGGCUUUUUUGUUUGGUUUUUUUUUUUCAAAUUCUUGCUCUUUGUAUUCCCUGCUGUCCUGAUUAAAGUUAAAAGGUGUUUUCCUUUUAACUGUGGAGGAGGCAGAGGAAGGUUAACAUAAUGGGUCAGAUAUGUGGCUAGUGUAAUUAGGUCAGCAGAGUUCCCCCAGUGAUAAAUUUGGCUCAUUAAUGGUGUCUUGCUUUUCCUUACAAGGACAGGCUGCUAAUAGCAGAGCAAAGCUGUUGCUAUGAGAUGUCUCGAGGGGAGAAACUAAAAUGGGAAACAAAAGCAGAGUUUUCCAUUUGAUUGAAAAUGGGUCAGUCACAGCCUUCCAUUGUUUCCAUGAUACUGCUAGGAAGCUCUGCUGUGCUAUGACUGUCUGCUCUUUUCAGGAAAACACCAACACUGCCUCUAAACAGCCUUAUUACCUAGCUCGGGGGCUCAGAUCCCUGCGAAGAAGGGUUCUUCCCUCCCAGCUCUGUGGCCAGGAGGUGCCAGAGCCAGCAACUGUGGAAAGGCUGGGCAGGGAAAAGCCCUUCUAAUGAUGAGUGAGGUCUGAGCCAUCCCUCAGUUGGUCCCUGUGGAUGCUGGGACUUGUAGCCUCUCUCCACCCACUGCUAAUGAGUUUUGCGGGACAGUUGAAUCUGAUGUAGCAAAUUUGGCUCCUCUGACUGCCACCUUAGGCACUGGUGCCUGAGCUACUCGGCUGUGGUACAGACACUGUCCAGCUGUCCCCCUGUUUCCCUCAUGUCACUGCCCCAUGCUAGGCUCCCUCUUGCAGGUGAGGGAGCUGCUCUUGCUUUCCCAAAUCAGUUUUUUGGUUUCAUCUUCUCCGCACCUGAACAGUGAUGGGGCACUGUGCAGCCAAUGUGGCCUGACUAUGAGCUCUGGAAGGGUGCUUUAAGUGACGUGUUUCUUUUCUUUUUAAUAUUGCACAAUGAAAUUUCCAUGUCACACGUGAUUGUCUUCUCAGAGAAUCUCCUGAUGACUGGUAUGAGCUACUUUUGCACAGUAUCCCCGUGGGUCUUUCCUGUUGGCUGUAUACAGGGAUUUCAGUCAUUUUUCCAAGUGCUGGUGCUGCCUGGCUUCAUGCCCCGUUCCCUCUGUCCCAGUGGUGACCACUAGCAAAGCAGCCAGUGGGCUGUGGGUGCUGCUGGCCAGGCUGGGACCCUAUCAUCUUGCUCUAGGGACCAGCUUUCCCUUUCACUGCUAAACUUUGUUCUGUUUUGUCCUAUGUGAGAUUAAGUGGCUAUGAAAAGAGCUUAUCGUUUGCUCUUUCUUCAUCUGUCUCUGCUAGCUCUGACUUGGAAAUGGUGCCUUAAACUUUUUAUAUGCCACUGGCUGUAGAUGCUUAGAGUCUGCAUGCAGCUGUGAAUGCUGUGAUGCCUGAGGAGCAAAGCAGGCUUCCCUUGGAGAUGCUGUGAAGGUAGAUUGUAUUGCAAGUAACAACUAUUGGAAAUGCUGGCUGUGCAGUUCUUUUCUAUUCCAGAUCAUCGUCACAUGGAGAUUGCCUGGGAUCCAGGACCCAGAACAAUCCCACUGAACUGCAGCUUAAGCAGUAUUGUAAUCACUUCUGCCCCCUGCACUGUGAAAUAUGAGUAAUGUUAAGUAGCACUGAUUUGCACAGAGAGAAAAAUAAACUGUGACAUUUGUAAAGCA